UUUAUCCAGUCCGAAAAAACCCUCAGAAUCCGAGUACGAAAAAGUGGUGGAGCAGAUGCGGAAUCAUCUGCAACCCACACCAUCGCCUCUAGCGGAGCGCUAUAAAUUUAGGCAGAGGAGACAAGAAAGCCAAGAAACUGUUGCCGUUUACGUGGCGGAAUUAAAAAAUGUCACGUUAUUGUGAAUUUCGAGCAAAUUUGAACGAAAAUUUAAGAGAUCAAUUUGUCUGUGGGAUUAAAAGCGAGGUGAUUCGGCAGCGUCUAUUUGCCGAAAACGGUAUUCUGUCUUUUCCGGAAGCUGUGAUGUUGGCGAGCUCAUUAGAAGCGGCGGAGAGAGAUGCGGCGGCUGUGAUGGUUCUGAGUGCGGAAGUGACGGAAUCACCGACGACUGCAGAGGGAAAAGUGCACUUACUCGCGUCGCAUGAGCGUGCAAAGAAGGCUCGUGGCGGUCUUUUUGUUCACGGAAAUAGCGGAUCGCGGACAGGGCACAGAGUCCGCAGCACAGGUUGUGGCCGAUGCGGUUCUAUAGAUCAUGGUAAUGUAGACUGUAGGUACCGCGACUUCGUAUGCGGAGGAUGCGGAAUUGUUGGUCACUUACGGCGAAUGUGCCGAUUUGUCGCGGCAUCGAAGACUCGAGCAAGUGUAAUACCAGCGGUGGCAAGAUCUCAGGGUCGCACAGGAAUACACCACGGCCAAGCCAAUCAACGGGAAAAUGCCGAAGAGCAGUCGGAUGUAGAAGAGAACCUUCACCAGUUAUGUUUAAAUAAUUAUAAGGCGAUAUAACAAGCUGUUUGAUGGACGUUUGGGCCGAUUCACUGGCUGUAAGGCGACGUUGAAAUUACGGGAAUCGGCGGUUCCGGUGUUCCAUCGUGCGCGGCCACUGCCUUACGCACUGCGCGACCGUGUUGACGCAGAGUUAGACAGAAUGCUGCGCGAUGGAAUAAUCGAGCCAGUCGAUUGUUCCGACUGGGCGUCUCCUCUGGUACCGGUAAAUAAAGCGGAUGGCUCUCUGAGAAUCUGUGCGGAUUAUAAGGCUACUGUUAAUCCUAUGCUAUAUGUAGAUAGGUUUCCGUUACCGAGAAUUGAUGACUUAUUGGUGCGCCUAGGCGGGGCUAAAUAUUUUUCUAAGAUAGAUUUAUCCCAGGCCUAUAACCAGAUAGAGUUAGAUGAAACAAAAAAUAUACUGUGAUAAAUACUCAUCGCGGC